GUGACGCGCGCAUCGCAGAGUCUCAACGAUCGCACAUGCGCAUAACUCAGUGUUUUAUUCCGAUUUUAAAAACAUCGAACGGAAACAAGAAGCCUCGUCGACACAAUAUAAGUGAUUUUUCAACACGUCGCGAUUUCAACGUGCAAGAGUUGCACGUGUUGCUAUACGAAUGAGAGUAACUGGAUCUAUCGAUGAAGAAAUCCUUUAAGCCAGCUAUGUUGGGCCGGAUGUGGCAGGCCAGUCGACGAGGACUCAACCUUGAUCACACACCUGCACAUCAGUUCGCCUGCUGCCAAUGGCAGAAGGGCCAUAGACCGGCCACAUUGUAUUUAGUCUAUAGAUGGUUAUUAUUUCUAUCAGUACUAUCAAUCGGUAUUUCAAGCUUCGCCUGCCAAAGACUGCCCAGAUUCUACGAUGGGCCCAAGAUAGAGCUGAAUUACUUCAAGUGGUUUAUAUACUUCACAAACUGGGGCUACAUCAUGAUAAUAAUCCAAGCGGGCCUGGCACUCAUUGUCGUCCAGAAAUACAGGAAUCAGAAGACUUUUUGUAUCCCUUGUGACGAUGAGGAGAUCCCGCUGCCGCGGCGACAGAAGACCCCAGUGCUAUGUCGGCUGUACUGGCUGUCACACAAUAUUGCCACAGACCUGGCCUUCGUCAUCACUCUCGUGUAUUGGACCUUAGUGCACGAUCCUAAAAUACAUGAAAUCAACGCGCUAAACAUUUUGGUCCACGGCUGUAACUCUCUGGUGAUGAUAAUUGAGCUGGUUAUGACAGCGCACCCCAUCAGAGCCACGCAUGCCAUAUUCGGCGCCGGCGCAGGUCUCAUGUACGGGAUCUUCAGCGCGCUCUACUGGGCAGUGGGUGGGACUGAUAAAAUUGGGCUCUCAGCCAUUUACCCAGCACUUGAUUGGAAUAAGCCUGGAUCUGCAUUUGCUUUCGUCGCCCUCUGCGCGGUGGUGAUGAUAUUCGCACACAUCAUCGCCACGUGCCUGGCGCUGCUGAGGAUGAGGAUCGCGGCGAGACUUCGACCAUCCUCACACCUGGAUAAGUAUACCCUGCCGACACACUGAAGGUUGAGGAAACGGGACUAGACAAAGCUCAUGUGGCUUCAAAAAUUGAAGCAUUCGUUUUGGAGUUUAAAAAUAUGUUUCGUUUAAAUAAUUCACAGGUGUUCGACCAAUUCUCGAAACAGCACAUGACAAAAACAAUUUAUUUUUAAAUUUCAUUUAGUUUGUACGCUUAAUAUUAUUAUUAUAUUUGUUGCAUAAAUGCAAUGCGGAUUAUUUUUAAGAUACGAGUGAUAGAAAGACAUUUUAGUAAAAUGGUUAUGAACCUUAUCCGAUAAUUAGUUGUAACCUGUUAGAGAUCAUUGAUUUAGGAAGGAGUUCUGUUAGGGGUCAUUGAAUGCUUUUAAAAAUGUUUGUAAAACUGUAUUAUUAAUAAUUGAAUAAUUAAUAACAUAAAAAACAAAAAUGGCAAUACAAUACUCAAAUGGCGAAUAGUAAGUCUAACAAAACUCGUUACGAAGACUUUAACCAAUACAGAGGCAUUCGCGUGUAAAUAUUUCAAGUGUAUCUGAAUGUAAAAUAGUAGGUAGUAAAAAUAAAUAAUUAUAUCAUUCCUUCUGUAUAAUAAAACAAUGUUUUGAAUUCAUACCUAAAUAUGCCUAUAGACUAAGAAAAUUUAUGCGUCUAGAUAGACUAGGACAGCUGUGAAGUCGUCCAAAAAAAAUAGUGGCAAACUGUUAACCUCAGUUCUUUGCAAAAGCACACACACUAUAACAAUAUGACUAAUGUAUCGUGAGUAUAAGACGUGGCUUUCAAGUACAGUAAGAAACCUGGGCUGUUGUGAUGCGUUGCCUUUAGCAAGAGACUAUCUAGAUGUACAAAUUAUCUAAGCCUUUAAGUGCGUUAUGAAUAUGAUUGAGGUUGCAGUGACUUUUUCCGCUACUCGCUGUAGGAGUAUUGGGCAAUGGAUAGAGAAUGGUAAAUGCAUUAACAACAUUUUUCCCACGUCCUUAAAUGGAACUUUGAUUUUAUCUAAUGCAUAAUGAAACAGUUCUCGCUUUUACGUUAGAGCGUAUUUAGUCUGAACAUUUGUCUCUGAAUUGAUGAAUUCUGAUUAUGCUUAUACGGAGUAACAGUAGCAAACUAACCACCUAAUUUAUAAUGCACCCUCAUUUAGUGCUCGACCGACGGUCAGCGCUGAUGUUGGUCAAGCGUAGCUCGUAUCUGUACGCGCUGACCAUAUUGCGUGUGCUCAGCUGACAGCAAACAUGAUUGCGCGUGUACAAUUGCAGUAUCCGCCAUAGCGCUGUCAGCGGACCGACGUACGCUCGACCGACGAUUCUUGACGCGACGUAGCUCUACGCGCGUAGGGAUUCGGUAGCGCUGGAUUGUAUGCGUUCAUAUGUUUUCAUUGAUAUAGCUACGCUUGACCGACGUCAGCGCUGACCAUCGGUCGAGCACUAAAUACAGCCUUUAGUAAUGAUUGCAUUGAUCACAAAAUUGCUAUUUACUACCACUUUAGGAAAGUGCACUUGCUAUCCUCGAAAUAGUGCACAAGAAAACUCAUUCCACAGUUCGAUUACACGUGGCAGGAAAGUCGUUGAAAACCUCAAUUAUUUAGCAUAGCGACGCGGUAAAUUCUGAAUAUUGGCAGCAACUUUAAAAAAGCAGUUAUCAUUUUUUGGCAUUGUUAUUUCCAACAAAUCGUUAGGUGUAUAAUGUUAGAACCUAACCUUCAUUGUUGACGCACUUGAACACCGUUGUUGUCAAAAAGAGGUUUCGGUCUAAAGACCGAUAAACCACAGUUUAACACAACUACUUAUAUCGAAUCGACGAUUAAAUUUCACUUACCAAAUAAAGCUAAAAUGAAGAAGCCAAUUUAUUUGUAGCAUUUUCUUGCAUUUAAUGUGAUUGAAUCCUCUAAAGGAAGCUCUAGUAGUAGUAGUAUCUAGCAGUUAUUAGAAAUGACAUCAAAAAGAAUUCUAAAGGAAUCAAUUUUGAGAAAAUAAAUGCCUUUUAUGCCUUUUUAUGCCUUCUGUAUCAAAAUGACGUAUUGGAUAUUAAAAAAGCAAUUAACGCAUAACAAAUCAAAAUUUGACACACAUUAUCGAAUAGCCAGGUUUCCUAUUCGCAAGUAUAUUCUUAAGUUUAUGAUUCAAUUAAAAGUAGAGGAACCCACCUCUAUAGAUUGCUAUAUUCCUGUAUAUGUGUUAGGUAGGUCACGUUUUUUGUAAAUAUUUAAUUGAAAGCAAUUGUCAAUUAAGGGUAUAAAGCUAGUGCCGUUUCAGUAUACUAAUAAGGUAACUGGUUAUAACCAGCUCAAAGGGGACUGUUAAUUAUAAAUGUAAAUAAUGUCUAUGUGUAUUGAAUGUGUGUGUUAUAUAAGGUCAAACCGCACUUGUAUGUGACGUGCCGUUUCUUGAGCGCUUUUUGGUUGUUUUUUGAUUGAAUGGAACGAGACAAUGGUACGUGUGAAUGCCUUCCCCCAUUUUACUGUCAAAAAAUUAAAUUAAUUUCACCUUAGUGCAACAGCUAUUUCCUUUAGUUUUCUUUUUA